UACCAAAAAAACAGCGACCUCUAACGCUUAGCUAGCUCUUUGUGUCAGCGCCUGAGCAUCGAGCUAUUGGCAUGGCGCACUCCACCACCUUGGCCCUGGUGAUUGUCGUUGUGCUGGCGCUCACCUUUGGUGCCACGGUCAGUGUCUCCGCUCCCGUGAACAAGUCGUGCGUCAGCGGUAGCGCCGGCGCCAGCGUGAGCAUUGGCUACGGCGGGGCAAGAGCCAGCGCCGGCGCUGGCGUGUCCCUUGGCGCCGACGCGUACCGGAGCACGUGCCCCCGUGCCGAGGAGAUCAUCCGUGCGGCCGUUGAGAGGGCCGUCGCUGCCGACCCACGCAUGGCAGCGUCUCUCCUGCGCCUCCAUUUCCAUGACUGCUUCGUCAACGGCUGUGACGGCUCCGUUCUUCUGGACGACAAGCCGUUCUUCAUCGGCGAGAAGACGGCUGUGCCCAACGCCAACUCAAUCAGGGGCUUCGAGGUCAUUGACGCCAUCAAGACCGAGCUGGAGCGGGAGUGCCCAGAUACAGUUUCCUGUGCCGACCUCCUUGCCAUCGCUGCCCGUGACUCCGUCGUUGUGUCUGGCGGGCCGAGCUGGGAGAUUGAGGUCGGCCGGAAGGACAGCCGCACCGCCAGCCUGCAGGGCGCCAACACCAACCUCCCAGCACCGACGUCUGGCGUCGACACCCUCGUGCAGAAGUUCAGGAACGUGGGCCUCUCUACCAAGGACAUGGUCGCACUCUCCGGCGCGCACACCAUCGGGAAAGCGCGGUGCACUUCGUUCAGUGCGCGCCUUGCCGGCGCCGGCGGCGUCUCGGAAGGCGGCGCGGGCGCCUUCAAGGACCUCACCUUCUUGCAGUCGCUGCAGCAGCUGUGCACGGGGUCGGCUGGGUCCGCGCUGGCACACCUGGACCUCGCCACCCCGGCGACCUUCGACAACCAGUACUACAUCAACCUGCUCUCUGGCGACGGUCUGCUGCCGUCAGACCAGGCACUGGCGUCGUCGGCUGCCGUGCCUGGGGUAGAGGCGGACGUCGCCAGCCUCGUCGCCACCUACGCCUUCGACGCCUCCGUAUUCUUCCAGGACUUCGCGGAGUCCAUGCUGCGGAUGGGGAGGCUUGCACCGGGCGUCGGCACCAGCGGCGAGGUCCGCCGGAACUGCCGGGUGGUGAACAGCUCCGAAUAAAGUCAUGCAUGCUCACGCUCAACUAUCUGGUCGUCCGUGCGGCUUGCAUUGCUGAUUUGUUAUCAGCUAAGUCAAGCCAGUAAGUUUGUUUGGGUUAAAAAAUAAUCGGCUUUGGCAUGGGAAUUAUGAUAAUGGCCAUCGUUUAAAUAGCUACUAGUAGGUGUCUUGAUGUACUAAUGUACUAUCUACGCUACGUACUCUGCUGUUCCCAAAUAAAUAUUUUUAAGACAUU